AUGAUUUACAAACCAUUACUCAUAGAAACUUGUUAAUAUAAGUACAGAUUGGGAGGUGAAGAGAAAUCAUUUUCAAUAAAAAAAAAAGUUGAUUACUAUCCUUACUUUAGAUAAAAGGUGGCUAGCUAAUCAUUUCACAUUGAGCCUGUUACUACAGAUAAGAAGAAAUCAAAAAGGUAACUGACGUUGAAUCAAAAAUUAGGAAAUUCAGAUAUUAAUAUGCAAUAAUAUAUUGAGUUUAAUGUAUAAAUUUGAAGAAAUUAGAUUAAAGAAAAGCCUUUGAAUAGUCAUACUAAUCAAAAAGUGAGAUAGCUAAUUAUAUAAGAUAACAAGCUAUUAAGAAAAUAAAAUAAAAUAAAUGGUUUUGCUGAAAUGUUUACUUAAUAACAUAAAUCAUACCAUUAAAAGUAGAUGAAAAAGCAGGUUUUAUCAAUGUUAGACUAAGGCUAACUUUUUAGAAAAGUUGAAAGUCCUUAAUUAAGUCCAAAGGCUUAAAAAUUAGGAUCAGAAAAAUAAUAAUUAGAGAAGUAAAAAUAAUAAUAAGAGGAAUAAUCAAGAUCAUAACAAAAUAAUGCAGACUAAUAAAUAUAAGAUAAAGUUUAAAAUUAUUUAUCAAGAAAAAGUGUUCAUCUUUAACGACUUUCUUAAAGGGUUGAUGAUAUUAAUAUAUCAAAAAGAUCAAUUUUAUACACAAGUUCAGCAGAAAGAGAUUUAAAGAUUUCAUCUACAUUUUUUAAAGAAUUUAUUGGUGUUUCAUAAUAAUUAAAGAAUAAAGAGAAAUAAGAUCCAGAAUUAUUAAAAGAAUCAUAUAAAUAUUGGGCAUAAGCAAUAAGGACAAAAAAGGAUCCAUAAAAAAAAAGAAAGAUAGGAGCUGUAUUUAGUACAACAGUGAGGAUGAAAUUAGAAAAAAUGAGAGCAUUAAUAUUAGAUUGUGUGAAGAAAUUAAGAUUCAUGAAAUUGGAACCUGAAUUAUUAUUAUAAAGUAGGACAAUAUUAAAAAAGCCAUAUUAAAGAGAAGGUUCUUAUGUAUUUUUUAAAGGAGUGACUAAAAAUGAUUAAGAUUUAGUAAAAUUAAUGCUUGAUAAAUGCAGAUUUUAUGCUUUUGAUCUAAAUGAAAACUUUUAGACUGCAUUACAUAUUUGUUGUAGAAAAGGACAUCUAUCAAUAGCAAAAAUGUUAUUUCAUCAUGGAACUUAUCCAGAUGUAAGAGAUAUUAGUAACAGAACUCCACUCUAUUAUGCACUUAUAAAUAAUUAAAAAGAAUUAGUAUAAUUAUUGUUAUCACAUAAAUGUAAUCCUUGGUCUUAUCCUGGUUGUACUUAUGAAACUGAUGACCCAACAUUGACUAAAAUGCUUAAAAUAGCAAGAAGAGUAAAUAUGUAAUUAUUUAUGUUUAGCUUGAUAUGUUGUUGAUGAUGACACCCUAUAAUACUAGAUAAUAAACUUGGAUUAAUUAUUGUAGAGUUUUUUAUGAGUUUUGA